CAAACUUGAACUGAAGCUAGAGUUGAGCUGAUGUUAAAAAUGUACCAGUAGGUACGUGAUAAAUAGUAUUAACAACAUUAAUUGAAAUUAUAAAGAAGGUGUAUAUAAUGAAAUACUCAUAUAUCGCGUUUAUAGUGUGUUUAAGUUUGAAUUUGGUGCUAUCAGAGGAUGUCAGCUACCAAGCCUGUGUGGAUAAAUAUUCGAGGAAAGGCUACCAGCCCUGGCAGGAGUGGUCGGACCAUUACACGUGCCAUCGGUAUAGAUGUGAAAUUCGUGAUGGAAAGUACUUCAUAGCGGCCGUAGGGUGCCGUAAACCGAAGAUACCAGAAAACGCGUUAGAGUGCCAUGAGUAUAUUGAAGAUGAGAAUGUCGAAUUCCCUACAUGCUGUGCACGGUUACGCUGUGUGGUUGAGAUGAAUGGAGAGAGAAUUGUUCAGACUAGGGGUCAGCCAGGAGAGCUUUUCCCAGAUAAGCCAUGGAAGGGACAGCAGAACGAGCCGAACCAAGGUGUAGUGGGCAUGGGAGCCAUCCAGCAGACUCCAGUUGGAGCUGAACCACAGAACCAACCCGCGCCCACGAUGUACAACAGCCGUGGAGCAGGCAAGCCGACGGACGGCAGUGAUGUUGGAGGUCGCCGCUACGUAGACCCUUAUCCGUCCCAGCAAAUGCAGGACUCACCACGCAAGAAGAGAUCCACUAACUACCCACUUUUCAACCACAGCAUGCUAAAGGAACGCUCCUACCAACCUCAUAUAAAGGCAAGAGCCAACCCGCCGGAAAGGUCUGCGGCAUAUUUUCCAACGGUCGAAGCUAUGAACCAAAAUUCACGGCCCUUUAAUACGUAAGACGGAUUGAUUUUAAGAGACGGAAAUGUUAAAGAAGUUGGAAAAACAAUUGACUCAAAAUGGCGUCAUAUAUUUGAGGCUUUUUGUUCACUGUAUCUACCGAAAUAGGAAAAAAUUCGUAAUCUCUGCCUAGUAAAUUUUGUAGUGUCAAUUAUUUCCUCAGUUUAAAUACGAAUGAUUUUGGUUGUUCUUCCAACUUAUUUUGCAUUUCAGUGGUCUUACAGCUAAACGACAUCCAACGAACAAUGCAAUUGUAUGUACUCUGUAUGAUUCUCGAAUAUAUAAUAUAUUAUGUUGAAUUGAAUUA